CGGGGGGUGGGCCUUGGGCUCGGUGGCGCCCCCGCCCGCGGGGAGGGCUUUGCCGACCGCCGACGCCGCGGACGCUUUGCCUCGCAACAGGUCGGCCGCCUUCCGGGAGCCUCGCCCUGCGCCGCCGCCCCCCGUUCCCGAGACCCGGGCGCCCCGCUCGGCUCGGGCCGCGGAUCUCAUGCGGUUCGGGUCCAACAUGAUGCCGAUGUUCCUCACCGUGUUCCUCAGCGACAAUGAGCAGCACUUCACUGAGGUCCCUGUGACCCCCGAGACCACGUGCAGAGAUGUGGUGGACCUGUGCAAAGAACCUGGCGAGAGCGAGUGCCAUCUGGCCGAAGUGCGCUGCGGCUCUGAGCGUCCAGUGGCCAAUAACGAGCGGAUGUUUGAUGUUCUGCAGCGGUUUGGAAGUCAGAGGAACGAAGUUCGUUUCUUCCUUCGUCACGAACGCCCCCCCAGCAGGGACACAGUGAGUGGACCCAGGUCUCAGGAUCCAAGUUUAAGAAGAAACGGUGUAAAAGUUCCCGGUGAGCAUCGAAGGAAGGAGAAUGGUGUGAGCAGCCCCAGGAUGGACCUGACUCUGGCCGAGCUGCAGGAGAUGGCGUCUCGUCAGCAGCAGCAGAUCGAGGCCCAGCAGCAGAUGCUGGCCACCAAGGAGCAGCGCUUGAAGUUCCUGAAGCAGCAGGACGAGCGGCAGCAGCAGCAGGCGGCCGAGCAGGAGAAGCUGCAGAGGCUGAGGGAGGUGGCCGAGAGCCAGGAGGCGAAGCUGAAGAAGGUGCGGGCGCUGCGCGGCCACGUGGAGCAGAAGAGGCUGCGGAACGGCCGGCUCGUGGAGGAGAUCGAGCAGAUGAAUAGCCUGUUCCAGCAGAAGCAGCGGGAGCUCGUUCUGGCCGUGUCCCGCGUGGAGGAGCUGAGCAGGCAGCUGGAGGUGCUCAAGAAUGGCCGGCUGGACGGCCGCCACGACAGCAGGUCUGCUGCGGCCGAGCUCGACCGCCUCUACAAGGAGCUACAGCUACGGAACAGACUGAAUCAGGAGCAGAAUGCCAAGCUGCAGCAGCAGCGGGAGUGUCUGAACAAGCGCAACUCAGAGGUGGCCGUCAUGGACAAGCGUGUCAACGAGCUGCGGGACCGGCUGUGGAAGAAGAAGGCGGCACUGCAGCACAAGGAGGGCCCCCCGGUUUCGUCUGACGGAGCCCUGCCUCCGCAGGGGCUGCCACCACCCAGUCGCGUGGCCGCCGUGGGCCCCUACAUCCAGUCGUCCACGAUGCCCCGUGUCCCCUCGAGGCCAGAACUCGUGGUGAAGCCCGCUCUGCCGGACGGCCCCAUGGCCCUGCAGGCCUCGGAGGGGCAGCUCCGAGUGCGCACGCUGCCCACCCCGCGGUCCGCUGCUGCCCAGAACAAAGGCUCUAAAAUCCAUCCCCUCGGCCCUGACUGGAGCCCCCCAAGUGCAGACGUCACUGCGAGCCAGCCCUCUGGGCCUGCACCUGCCAGCUCUGGGCGGGCCCCGGACCAAGUGGAUGAUGGAGAGGUUCCCCUGAGAGAGAAGGAGAAGAAAGUUCGCCCCUUUUCCAUGUUGGAUUCAGUGGACCAGUCAGCCGGCCCGGCCCCCUGUGGGGCCCUGAGGAAAAACCAGAGCAGCGAGGACAUCUUGCGGGAUGCUCAGGCUGCAAAUAAAAAUGUGGCAAAAGUACCGCCUCCCGUUCCAUCAAAACCAAAACAGAUUAAUUUGCCUUAUUUUGGGCAAACUAAUCCGUCACCACCAGACGUUAAGCCAGAUGGAAGCCCUCAGCAGUCAGCCGCAGUGCUCGGAUCAGUGGGAAAUAAACCGAAAACCUCAGGACAGCAGAGGGGCCUGUUGUCGCCCGGCGCGUCUUCCGCUGGCCAGGGCCCGGCCCUCGCUCCAGCUUGUAAGCAGGAAAGUCCGCCUGCGGCUGCUGUGCGGCCCUUCACUCCACAGCCUUCCAAGGAUGCCCCUCCUCCGCCCUUCAGGAAGCCCCAGACCGUGGCCGCGAGCUCCAUAUACUCCAUGUACACGCAGCACCAGGCGCCCGGGAAGAACUUCCAGCAGGCGGUGCAGAGCGCGCUGACCAAGACCCAUUCCAGAGGCCCGCACUUCUCGAGCGUCUACGGCAAGCCCGUGCUGGCCGCCGCGCAGAGCCAGCAGCAGCCCGAGAACGUGUACUCCGGCAGCCCGGCUGAGCCCGGCAGUCCUGAGCCAGAGCCGGAGCCUGGGGCACCAGUGCAUGAGAACCAUGAGAACGAACGAAUUCCUCGACCGCUCAGCCCCACCAAAUUAUUGCCAUUCCUGUCCAACCCCUACCGGAACCAGAGCGACGCUGACUUGGAAGCCCUGCGGAAGAAACUGUCUAACGCCCCACGGCCACUAAAGAAGCGGAGCUCCAUCACAGAGCCAGAGGGGCCAAAUGGGCCGAAUAUCCAGAAGCUCUUGUACCAGAGGACCACCAUUGCUGCCAUGGAGACCAUCUCUGUCCCCUCGUAUCCGUCUAAGCCGACUCCGGGGGCUGCCGACUCGGAGGGCCCAGGAGAAAUCCAGAACCCGUACUUGCACGUGGAGCCAGAGAAGGAGGCGGUCUCUGUGGCCCCCGAACCAGUGUCCCCAGAGGAAGUGGGGGGCGCCGGCUCAGAGAGCAGUGACACGCCAGUCCCUUCCCCGGGCCCCGACUGUGUGCCCGAAGGAGUCCCAGACAGCAGCCUGCGUUUCCACAGCUGCGCGGAGGACCCUAGCGCUGAGGCUCCGCACCCACUGGAGGUGUACCUGGAGGAGUACCCUCCGUACCCGCCCCCACCCUACCCAUCCGGGGAGCCCGAGGGGCCCGGAGACGACGCUGGCAGCCUGCGUCCCCCUGAGAUCACGGGGCAGGUCUCUCUCCCUCCCGGCAAAAGGACGAACCUGCGUAAAACUGGCUCAGACAGGAUCGCCCACAGCAUGAGGGUGAAGUUCAACCCCCUCGCACUGCUCCUGGACUCCUCUCUGGAGGGGGAGUUUGACCUUGUGCAGAGGAUUAUCUAUGAGGUUGAAGACCCAAGCCUGCCCAACGAUGAGGGCAUCACUGCCCUUCACAAUGCCGUGUGCGCGGGCCACACCGAAAUCGUGAAGUUCCUGGUGCAGUUCGGUGUGAAUGUAAAUGCCGCAGACAGCGACGGAUGGACACCGCUGCACUGCGCCGCCUCCUGCAACAACGUGCAGGUGUGUAAGUUCCUGGUGGAGUCCGGAGCCGCCGUGUUUGCCACCACCUACAGCGACAUGCAGACCGCGGCCGACAAGUGCGAGGAGAUGGAGGAGGGCUACACGCAGUGCUCGCAGUUCCUCUAUGGAGUGCAGGAGAAGAUGGGCAUCAUGAACAGAGGGGUCCUGUACGCACUGUGGGACUACGAGCCUCAGCACAGUGACGAGCUGCCCCUGCGGGAGGGUGACUGCAUGGCGGUGCUGCGCCGGGAGGACGAGGAGGAGACCGAGUGGUGGUGGGCGCGCCUGCAGGACCGGGAAGGCUACGUGCCGCGCAACUUGCUGGGGCUGUACCCGAGGAUUAAGCCCAGACAGAGGAGCUUGGCCUGAAACUGCAGUUUUCGUUUCUGAAGAAUUAUUCUCUUAUGAGUAAGAAGUGACGUGGUUGUUUUUGGCAAACAUUUCACAAGACUUUGCUGACAACGUCACUUGAAAGCAACGUGGAAUGUUCUGGAGGGAGAUGAAGGAUUGGAGUUGGCUCUCCGAAUGGGACGCUCGGCGUGAUGAGCUGGCUGUUCUGUGCCGGGGAAGCGUGUGCCACAGAGCAGAGGACAGACGGACAGUGACGUCCCUUUUGGCUCAAGACAGAAGUAGGGCUUCUCUGUGGGCUCUGUGUCCCGCUGGCUCGGUAUUUGUCAGCGUGUCCCUUGCACCUGCCUCACCGGGAAGGACCAGAGCCGUGGGGACAGAGGGGCCGUCCCUGCAGAACCACGAGUGGGCAGGUGUGGGCGGUCCUUCGUGGUAGGAGUUUGUAGCAUCUUCGGGGUCACGCAUGUGAAAAGCACUGGCCCUGAGCUGCGGCACAGCUCACUAGAUGUAGCAUCUGGUUUUUAGGGGGAGUUUGAAUCUAUAUUUAUUGUUUUUUGUAUUCUGGAAAUUGGAGACUUGCUAUAUACUUACCCAUGAAAUUUGUCAAGAUCAUAGCUGACCUUAAAAACAAUUGUAAUGAAAUUAAACUUUUUGAAUCCAA